UCCAGGUGACCCCAGGGGAGGCAGCCCGGGGGUCAAGUUCUAGCCACCCUUCCGGGCCAAAAAGCAACGACUCCUAGUUAGGGGGAAACUUAGCUUUUUGUUUUGCUUGGAACUGCUGCUGUGCAAGAUUUGCCAAGCCUUAUAGGGUUUCAUUUUUUACUUGAUUGGUGUUUGAGAAAAACUGCAAGGAAAGGGUGGCGAAAGGAAGAAACACUAUAAACUUUGGGGUGGACAUUUUCUUGGAAGUGACAGGUAGCCUCAGAUCUGCAGUUCCUGGGCCAGCGACGGCAUCCUUUGCUCUGACACUCCAAGGGUCUGGACGCUGCCACAUGACCAACACCAAAGACUCCAGAAGAGCCAUGGAAUCCACGUUGGCGACAUCCAGUUCUGCCACAGGCCCCGUCACCUUCUCCCACGUCUUUGGUCAGCAGUGCCAACUUAUGCAAGCAGCUGUGCAAUCAUUGCACACCCUCAAUGACCAGAUUUCCCAUUUUAUUGUCACCAAGUCGAAGGCACUGGAGGAGGACAAAGACCCUUUUCUACCCACUGAGAAGGAGACUCUGAAGAGUUCCAUGAUAUUGAUGAGGCACCUCUUAAUGGAUGCUCAGGCCAAAAUCCUGAGCAUGAUGGAAGACAAUAAGCAGCUCGCGCUCCGCAUCGAUGGGGCGGUCCAGUCGGCCAGCCAGGAGGUGACCAACCUGCGAGCCGAACUCACAGCCACCAACCGGAGACUGGCGGAACUGAGCGGCGGCGGCGGCCCCGGCCAGGGCCCGGGAGCCGCGGCCAGCGCCUCGGCGGCGGGGGACUUGGCGGCGACGAACAUGGAGAACCCCCAGCUCGGAGCGCAAGUGCUCCUGCGGGAAGAAGUGUCGCGGCUCCAGGAGGAAGUUCACCUUCUCCGGCAGAUGAAGGAGAUGUUGGCAAAGGACCUGGAGGAGUCACAGGGCGGCAAGUCCUCCGAGGUCCUCUCGGCCACCGAGCUCAGGGUCCAACUGGCCCAGAAGGAGCAGGAGCUAGCCAGAGCCAAAGAAGCCUUGCAGGCCAUGAAAGCUGACCGGAAGCGCUUAAAGGGCGAGAAGACGGACCUGGUGAGCCAGAUGCAGCAGCUGUAUGCCACACUGGAGAGCCGCGAGGAGCAGCUCCGAGACUUCAUCCGCAACUAUGAGCAGCACCGCAAGGAGAGUGAGGACGCGGUCAAAGCGCUGGCCAAGGAGAAGGACCUGCUGGAGCGUGAGAAGUGGGAGCUGCGGCGCCAAGCUAAGGAGGCCACAGACCACGCCACGGCACUGCGCUCCCAGCUGGACCUCAAGGACAACCGGAUGAAGGAGCUGGAGGCCGAGCUGGCCAUGGCCAAACAGUCCUUAGCUACGCUGACCAAGGAUGUCCCCAAGCGGCAUUCCCUCGCCAUGCCGGGCGAGACGGUGCUCAACGGCAACCAGGAGUGGGUGGUGCAGGCGGACCUCCCGCUGACCGCAGCCAUCCGGCAGAGUCAACAGACUCUCUACCACUCACACCCCCCUCACCCGGCGGACCGGCAAGCGGUCAGGGUGAGCCCCUGCCACUCCCGGCAGCCCUCUGUCAUCUCCGACGCAUCUGCCGCCGAAGGCGACCGGUCGUCCACACCUAGCGACAUCAACUCCCCUCGACACCGGACGCACUCCCUCUGCAACGGCGACAGUCCCGGCCCAGUUCAGAAGAACCUGCACAACCCUAUUGUACAGACAAGAAAGCGUCUCAGAGCAGCUGGAGUGCUUUCCAGGGUUCCACAGUCACUAGAGGAUCUUGAAGACCAAAAACGGAAAAAGAAGAAAGAGAAGAUGGGAUUCGGCUCCAUCUCCCGCGUCUUCGCCAGAGGGAAGCAGCGGAAGUCCCUCGACCCCGGCCUCUUUGAUGACUCGGACAGCCAGUGCAGCCCCACGAGGCAGAGCCUCAGCCUGUCGGAAGGCGAGGAGCAGAUGGACCGGCUGCAGCAGGUGGAGCUGGUGAGGACCACCCCUAUGUCCCACUGGAAGGCGGGCACCGUCCAGGCCUGGCUGGAGGUGGUGAUGGCCAUGCCUAUGUACGUCAAGGCCUGCGCGGAGAACGUGAAAAGCGGGAAGGUGCUGCUGAGCCUGAGUGACGAGGAUCUGCAGCUGGGCCUGGGUGUAUGCAGCUCUCUGCACCGGCGCAAGCUGCGCCUGGCGAUCGAGGACUACCGUGACGCCGAGGCAGGCCGCAGCCUGUCCAAAGCUGCCGAGCUGGAUCAUCACUGGGUGGCCAAGGCCUGGCUGAAUGACAUCGGCCUGUCCCAGUACUCCCAGGCCUUCCAGAACCACCUGGUUGAUGGGCGGAUGCUGAAUUCCCUGAUGAAGCGAGACCUGGAGAAGCACCUGAAUGUGUCCAAGAAGUUCCACCAGGUCAGCAUCCUGCUGGGGAUCGAGCUGCUGUACCAAGUGAACUUCAGCAGGGAGGCCCUCCAGGAGCGCCGGGCCCGCUGCGAGACGCAGAACAUUGACCCCGUGGUGUGGACCAACCAGCGGGUGCUCAAGUGGGUUCGAGACAUCGACCUGAAGGAGUAUGCAGACAACCUGACCAACAGCGGCGUCCAUGGGGCUGUGCUGGUGCUGGAGCCGACAUUCAAUGCUGAGGCCAUGGCCACUGCCCUGGGCAUCCCCAGUGGGAAACACAUCCUCCGGAGACAUCUGGCAGAGGAGAUGAGCGCCGUCUUCCAUUCAGCCAACUCCACAGGCAUCCGGGAGGCUGAGCGUUUUGGAACGCCCCCUGGCAGGGCCUCCAGCGUCACGCGGGCAGGAAAGGAGGAGAACAGCAGCGGCCUCAAGUACAAAGCUGGCCGGCUGCCCCUGGGGAAGAUAGGAAGGGGCUUCAGCAGCAAAGAUCCUGAUUUCCAUGAUGACUAUGGCUCUCUUCAAAACGAAGACUGCGGAGACGAUGACGCCCAGAGCAGGCUGGAACAGUGCCGUCUGGAAGGCUACAACAGCCUGGAGGUCACCAAUGUGUAAGGAACGGGUGGCUCCACCAGACCCUACGUGAGAGACCCAGGAAGGAAGAGAAGCCAGAUGGCCCCAGGUGCCGUUCCCACUGUACAUAGCAGCCGCAGGCUGAGGAUGUCCCCUGCUCCUGGGCAAUAUCCCAACAGACUCUGUGGUUUCAGCUCCACAGCUCCCAGGAGAGAGAAGACACCAGCCCACCUGUCUUGGGUGGGCCAUGGACUUUCCUGCUCAACUGGAGAUUGGCCCAGAGGACCUGUCACAGUGUCCAGCCCUGCCUCCAUCCAGGAUACACAGGCUCCACCUCAGAGUGACCAUCACUGGAGCAGCCAAGCAGUCCCUGGAGCCUUAAACUGAGCUGCCAAGGUGGGAAGAGGUCCACAGUUUCCCAAAACACCCUUCUGGGGGAACAGGGAGGCCCCAGCCUCACACACCAGCACCCGGUGCAUUGGCAGAGCCGGUGCAGGAAGUGCUGCCUCUUGCUAAGACAUCAGACAGGGCGGGGGUUGGGGGACUCUUGGCUGCAGCAUCCUUACCCUCCCUGACUGAGAACUUGGGUCCUGACUUCUCUCGCUGAAUCUCUCUUGGGAGAAUGCAAAAUGGGGGCUGAUCAUUCCUUCCACCUGAAAAGCUCUGUGACACAUGGGGGUGGACGUAUGGAAGAGCUGUUCGCUAAUCCACACAGGAGUGGCUACGCUGAGUGGGGGGCCAGUGAAUGAUCUGUGCAGGGGUGGGGCUUAGCAGUCACAUUUCUAGGAGAUGCAGAUAUCCUAUCACCAGAAUAAAAGCUACUGGGACAACAGGAUCAGGGAUGACCGAUGGCCCCAUAUGGUGAAUCUCUGGCCUGUAGCUUGGCUUUGUUGAACCCAAUGACAAUGGUAUGGAGUGUGGCAAUGAGUUUGGGGUCUAGGGCAGGGAAAUGCUUGACAUUGUUAACCCAACAAACCUUUGUUGUGAUGUCCCUGUCACCUGAAACAUAGGUGACAUAGCUCACCAAUGUCCUAACCGAGACACAAACUCCACAGAGCAAAAUCAUUCGGUGUUGGUGGGGAGAACCCCAGCCCUUUUCUUGACCUGCCACUGUUAUGCUGUGUGGCUUCUUCCCAGUGGCCUCACCUCUCUGUGCCUCAAUGUCUUCAUCUAUGAUACUUCUGGUUCCCUCCCAGGGACAUCGUGAGGAUUAACACUUGCUAAUAUCUGUAACACACUUUGUAACCUCUCAGGAGACAAUGGGAAGUUAUGGGGUAGCUAAUUUCCCAUUUACAACACAGAAAUGACAUAGAGCUAGUUCUCUCCAACUGUUUUGGUUGGAGCAGUGUGCAAAAGGAAGAAAAGAAAUGUUUAAUGUUCAGACCUGCCAAGAGGCCCCCAACAGGGCUCAAGAAACAUAUAAAUCCCAUGAGCACAGCCUUGAAAACCAGUUUGACCCAAGCCUUCGGGCUUCAGUUCAUUGACCGGAUGACAGCCACGUGAUGAUUAGGGAAGGACGGAUGCAUUGCUGUUCUACUUACACAUCGGGUUAUCAAAGCGAGUCUCUUGUUGGAACCAUGAUGCUUGAUCUCCUUUGAGGCCGUUUGCACUGGGGCUUGAGUUUCCAAGAUUCACAACAGGUGUCAGCCUCUGAGAACCCUCAAAGCAUGUGUUCUUCAACCUGGCAAAUUGUUUCCUCUCAUGGGGGAAGCCGAGCUCUGAUGAACUUGAGAAUUACACCUCUCUCAUGCCGAAGACCAUGGUGUUCCCCCUAACCACAGCCUUUCUUGCUAUCUGAGACCAAAUGUCUAGCUGGUAGACAGGUGGAUAUUUGGCCUCCUAAGGACACACUUCUGAUCCUGGGCCCCAGGUGGCGAAUCUCUGGCAUGUGGCUUGGCUUUGCUGAGACUCCAAAUUCCAUUAUCUUCAUGACAUUCAGCCUCAUCCAUAGGGUCCUGAAGUUGCAAUCCACAGCUCAGAAAGGAGAGGUGAGACCUCCCUCCAACCUGGUGCCACAGGUCACUCCCAAGCCACAUCUAGCCUGGACGAGCUGGGACCCCAGAAUCUGCCUUUUGGGAGGCAGCAAUGGCAGCGCGCCCAGGCAGGCACUUAUUCCUGCAGAGUGAGCCAGAAUUGUAGCAGGGCACUUGAACGCAGAGCUGAUGAUUUGAAACCAGCGUUCACCUAAGUUGUCAGAAAUGGCCACUUACAUGGUUCGAUCUUGCUGGGGACAAGUGGACAACUGGGGGGUCACUGGCAGAGAUGGAAUUACCUGAAACAUUCACAGCAGGAGGCCAGCAGGCCUGGGGCAACACGGGCAAACGCCAAUGUCUCUUUUGGUUUAAAUUAUGCCAUCAUAUCCCUCUUUCACCCAUGAGGCUCCCCAUCCCUGACAGCCAGGUGAGCAUUUGGAGCUGGUUUCUUAACAUGAGGAUGGGUUGGUUGUUAAAUUAACAACCUCCACAGUGUCAGAUUGGGUGAGCUUUGUCUGCUGGAAAAACCCAAAAUAUCAACUCUGCUUCAAGGAUGGGCAAGAACAGAAGGCGGAGACUUGGCAGAGAGACUCGAGUUGAUUGUCACAGGCUACAGAGGGGCCAGCUCCAGGACAGUGGCCCGCUACAUCCUGUCCGAGCAGCCCGAGUGUGGUCUUGGUCCCUGCAGGGCAAUGUGGCAUCUGGACCUGGGGACGAAGUGGAAGUGCUUCUUGGAAAGCUGUUGCAGCCUGUACCUGUGGGUGCAGAAGGCACCUGCCCGGUAGACUCUCAGCUUUCUCACCCCCAGGAGCCUCUGCGAGGCCCCUUUGUCCUUGGCUGAGCGGGACCUUUCUUUGAGAAAUCUGUCUGUCUGUCAGCAUUGCUGUUUUCAGACCUCAGACUGCAGAGGAGGGGAGAAGCCACACAAUAAUCUGGACCCAAUAAAGUGGAGAGAAGGGCGUCUCUACACAGCCCGGCCAGGGAGGAGGGUCCCAGAACAGGGAUCCAAAAGCUUGACGUCACUGAACAGGGCUGGGUCCUGGCAGAACAGGAAGAUUUGGCCAGAGGUGACCUCAGCAUUCCCUCCAGGGGCACCCAGGCCUCUCUGACCCGGGGGGAAGAAGGCCCAUGCUCAGGCCCACCUCCCCCUUCCCAUCAGAGCCCAUGUGUCCUGGGCACCACCACUUCCACUCUGCAUUCUGAGGCUCCGGAGGGCUCUUCCUGCUGUGAAUGGAAAGGAGAAGAAACCCUGUGGGCAAUGGCAGCCUCUGGGUCUGGCAUUCUUGCCGAUGGCUGGCCAGCGAGGAGAAUCUCCCGAGCCCUGACACACGCAGGCCUUUUGUGGCUGCGGAGGAAAUGGGAUGGCUCUGAACAAAGACGCGGUUCCUAGGGCCGUGGCCCCAAAUCACUUCCCCGAGAGUGAAUUUUAACACUGUAACAAUAAAUACUACUGCACAGCA